AUGGGAACUAAAACAGUAAGAUGUAAUGUCGAAGAACAAUGUGAUAAUACUGCUGCAAGUGAUCCAAUUAUUAAUGAAGAACCUAAUACUGAAGGUGCUGAUUUAAUAAAUAGUCUCAUAAGGUUUAAAAUUGAUCUUAUUGGUAUUGAAUUUUCGAAAUCAGAUCUCCCAUUUCCACUUAAGGUAUGGUCUUGCUAUAUCCCCGGUAGUUCUAAUGUUCCUAAUGAUCUCUGGUUGACCAUCUUUAAUUUAGUCACUCAAAACUCUCUAUUUUGCGGCGACUUCAACGCCUUUCAUCCCGCCUGGGGUUCCACUCAAACUUCUCGUAGAGGAAACCAGAUUUAUGACACUAUAAACUCAUUAGGCCUAUGUAUUUUAAACGACGGUAGUCCUACACACGUGGGGCGCCUAAACUCCACUGAUUCAGCCAUMGAUCUAUCUUUUUGCUCUCCCGACCUUGCUUGGAAGUUAUCAUGGAAUACUUUAUGUGAUGCUCACGGUAGUGAUCAUUUCCCAAUUACCAUUAUAACAAACUUUUCUAAUCUCACAUACCCAAUUCCCAGAUCUGACUCAAUCCGAAAUAUUCCUAUUCAUUUCAAUUUUAAUAAAACGGAUUGGGCGUCUUUCUCCCACCAUAUCCAAAACUCGAUUUCAUCUUUAUCAAAUGAUCCAAACCCUCUAAUAUUCUAUACAGCGUUCACAAACAUCAUUGAUAAUGCAGCUAUAUCAACAAUUCCCAGUAUGAGACCAAAUAAAAAAUCUUUCCCGCCCACUCCUCCCUGGUGGAACUCUACUUGUACCAACUCUGUGAAAAAUCGAUCCUCACUUUUUAAAACUUUUCGUCGCACAGGUUCUAUGUCCGACUUUCUCUUAUAUAGCAAUGCAUGUGCCCUCACAACUCGAACUUUAAAAAAUGAAAAAAGAAAUAGUUGGAAGYGUUUUUAA